AUCGUCCUCUUGCAGUUCUAUUGGCUAGCGGGCGCCGUGGGCGAAAUUGAAAUAAACGUUUGAACCUCUCUAUCGCUUCUGGUUGUUUGCGGACUCCUCAGUUAAAGUUGGUUUUUAGCUGUGUGUAGACAGUCCUGGCUCUUUAAAAGUUCUAAGAUGGGGGACCAUGUUGAGCUACAGAUCACCCCAGAGACUCCAGGCAGGCCUUCCAUAAGAAACCCCUUUGAAAGUCCCAAUGACUACCACCACCUCCGUGAACCCCUGGUGCCAAGCCCAUCUGUCUUUAAAUCCAAGUCUUAUAAAACUACUCCACCCAAGUUUAAGUGGUCUAUUGAUGAAAUGGCCAGUCUUCUCCCAGUGCACAUAGACCCAGAGGAAAUCCAGAGACAGUCUUUUUACCUCAGCCAGACAAGGACAGAUUCUGACAUCGAGGAAAAGCGUCAAAAUGCUAUUGAGCAGUUUUUCACCAAAGGAACCAUUGUGCCGUCCCCUUGGGCAGCACCAGACAAUCGUAAAGCUCCUCAGAUCUGUAAGAAAAGUUCUAUGUCUGCAAUGAUUGCCGAAGAGCCAGACAAAAUCUCAGUUGCCUGUCAGACAACUCUUUCGUUACCUUUGGCUUUUGAUUUGGAGAAAGUACUAGGUGAAUAUUUCCGCCAUGAGGAAGCGUGUGAUGCGGUGCAGGAGAGUCUUAGUUCCUCCUCCUUAAGACGAAAACUCUUCCUCGACGGCCAGGGCAGUUACAGCGGCUCUGAUAGCUCCAGCCCGCCAAGCCCAGAGAGAAGCCAUGUCAGGCAGGGGAGGCCUUCUCUAACCAGAGGAGAGGGAGUUGUAGAAGGGGUUGAAGGUUCUGAGGGAGAAGCUAUAUCAUCUAUCUUUUCCUCCCCUUUAUCCUGUGGUGUGUCGGCUCCGACUCCCUCCACGGGUCAGUUCUCGUCCAGUCCCAUCCAGCAUGGCUGCUUCCGGGACUGCAGCCUCGGCAGCAUCACCAGUCCUCUGUUCCCCGAUAGGUCGUCUCCUGCAGGCCUGGUCUCCCCCACAAUUUCUCCUAUUGUAGCAUAUACAGCACGCACACCCAUAGGCUCAGCGGAGAGGAAGCAACCGAGCAAUUUGACUCCACACGGUGUUCCCCUGGACAUAGAUGUCAAUUCCUGCAAUGAGAGUCCAUUGGUCGAGGGUUGCUCUCCCAUUCGUAGCUGCUCCCCACACCAACUCCAUUGCCACAAUGAGCCCCAGCACAAUGCCAGACCCAAGCCCAGGCCCAGAGUCCGCUGCUGGGCCUCCCCUCCCCUCAUCUCCCCCAUCCUCAACCCUAAGCUCCAAGACCAUCAGGAGGCUGAAGACCAAAUCCCCUCCUCUUCUCUCCCUUCUAUGGAGCUAGAUCCAUCGUCGCCCAUGGCCCAGGACGCUCACCCCACUGACACUGAGAGAGUUAACUUGGAUCCUAUGGAACCUGUGAAAAUGGAGGAAUGCAAGGAGACUGGGAUAGAAGGGAGGCUGGAGGAGGAGGAAGAGGAGGAAACUGGGGGGCCUCUGGGACAGCUGACCAGCUCCCGCAUGGGCAACGCGUCAGCAGCGGAAAGCUCUCAGAUGUUUGUCUCUCUUCUGGCAGAGGGAAGCAGCAUACGCUAUGAUUCCAGCAUGCAGGUGGACAGUGGUUACAACACUACCUCAGCAGGCACCGGCAGUCUUAUUGAUGGCCUCAGCUCAGAUUGUCACAGCAAAGAGUCCUUCAGUUCAAACCUGGCAGAGGAAGCCUUCCAAGUCACUAGACACACUAAAAUAAAGGUAUUUUAUCCUCACCACUGAGCCAUCCGGUUAAUGUAUUUAAGGGGACACCUCCUCCAGUGGAAGCUUAAGAUCAUACAUUUGCAAUCAAAUACUACAAAGUUUACACUACGUUUGAUGCAUUAAUGUUGAAUUAAGUUGGUUAGGGUGAAUGGGGUCAACUGUUAAAUCAACUAUGAUUACAAGUAAUGGGUUUCACAAGUGGAUAUUAGUUCUUUUAAGAUUAAGGUUCAAGUUGCCUGACUGAUAGCAAAUGCUUUACCACAGUAUGUUUUACCACAGGUUAGAAGGGAGAAGCGUAAUCCGUAGCCCAUGUUUGUCCCAUUGUAAGUCACUUAAAAUCUAUAACUAAACAAAACCCAGUAUACUGGUGUGGUAAGGGGGAAGGGGGAAAAAAAAAAGUAAAUUCUGUAUCAAAUUUGCACAACAGUAACCUCCUUGAAUGCUGUAUUGAUGCUAAUGCUGUCAUUUCAAUUUUAUUUGGUGCUGACAUGAUCGACCUCAAAGAUCCUCACUUUCAGAUGACAUCAGAUUUGUACUGUAUUUAUGGUUUUAUAAAACUGUUUAUCAUGAUGUUUUUAUGACAAGGUUUUUUUGUUUGUUUUAAAUUUUUUAUUGAUUAAGAAUUGUUAAAAUUCAGUUUAUUUGUGGAUCUUAUUUGGCUUAUUAGAGUAUUUAUUCCUAAGUAAGACACUGAAUAAUGCCACUUGUGAAUUAAAAGCUGACUGAGCCAUU